AUGGGGAUGCGUGAAGGGGAAGAAGAAGAAAGAGGGAAGAAGGAAGAGACAGAGAGGAUGGGUUCAAAUAGUGCUGUGAACGAUGCGCGCGAGAUGAACUGGGCAGGCGCGCAGUCAGUAUCGGUAAGACCAGAACAAUCCGUUGCUGCGGACGAUAAGUACUGGCAGAAUUCCCAGAGCUGGCGAGAUAGAACGAUGCGGAACACUGAGGCGAUGACCUCGGCGUGUUGCGAUGAGCUCAGCGACGGAAAAUCACAUGAUCCGAGCCACCCCGGGCCCAGAAACGCCAUUAGAACCACCUGUUCUCAUUGA